GUUUUACGUUGAAGGAGUGGGCGACAGCUGAAUUGUGCUUGGUGUGAAGAAGCAAGCCUGCAGUGACUGGUACACAUAAGUCAGACGAAUAGGAUGCUGAGGGAGCGUUAUGAAGAUAUCCGAAAAUCAAAGUCAAUCAUAAAAACGUUUUUUUUAAAUGCCACGAAUUUUCAAGUGUGACGUUGUAUGAAAAGUGUGCCCAAAAACAAAUCAAGUGCUAUAUAUAUAUUUUUAAGAUGUAUGUUGCAGUGUAGCUCCCUCACGUGGUAGCUUUAAAUAUGAUCCGAACCGCAAAUGUCUCAACAUGGCUCCUUAGCAACCAGACGCCCCUGCAUGGAAACGGACUACUGCCACUAUCAAACAUUGGGCUGAUCUCUGUUGGGCCACAGAGUUUUCAGCUCCAAAGUUCGCCGGUAAUAAUUAAUUUUCCCCCGAAAAUUAGUGCUGUUUUUUUUAAUCCAAGGGUAAAUUGAAAACAUGAAUGUAAAGUUAGCUAACAUUAACUCUAUUGCUACCUAGCUGGUUAGCAUCAAUGUGAGACGGCAUUUCGUAUGUUUGUUUACUUGCUUGCCUCAGUUAUUUAACCGUAACGUUACAUCCUAUCUGGCAGCCUGAUCCACAUGGACCUUCUUUAGUCUCCCAAUAGAACACGAGUAUGAAGUAGGAUUUAGUUAUGCACUAAAAGGGAAAAUGUAAUAUUCUUCCAAGCGUUAUCCUGAGCUUCAGAAAAUUUCAAGGUAGUAAAGUUAUGAUACAGAGCGAGAAGCAAAUGAACCGCAGUGACGAAGAGGUGGUAAAGGAACUGUGCUUGGCCAAUGGAGUGUCCUAUGAAAGAAUUGCCCAAGAAGGCAGCAGCGUCAGCUCCCUGGAGAUCUUCUUCUCGGGUUUCCCUCGCAUGGUGGGGCCUUCGUUCUUCCCAAGGCUCUGCCAGUUCAUCGUUUUGGGCCAGAACAUAAAACACAUCGAAGGACUUGAGUGCUGUCCUCUGCUUCGGGAGCUCUGGGUAGUCCAGUGCCAUCUGACUGGGAUAUCUGGGCUACGUAAUUGUCUUCUACUAGAGAAACUUUACCUGUAUGAUAAUCAAAUCUGUGAAAUAAAGAAUUUAGAAUUGCAGAUCAACCUAGAAGUCUUGUGGCUCAACAACAACUGCAUUACUCAGAUAAAGGGCUUGAACAUGCUUCAAAACCUCAAAGAACUAAACCUUGCUGACAACAAUAUUGAAAAGAUUGGGCAUAGCCUUGAUUCUAAUGUCAGCCUUGAGAUUCUUAAUCUGGCCGGGAACAAGAUCAGCUCAUUUAAGGACCUGAGCCUGCUGGCCCCCUUAACCAAUCUGAGAGAACUAGCACUGAAGGACUCAACGUCAACCUCAAACCCAGUGUGUCUUCUGUGUAACUACGCCACACACGUUCUUUACCACAUCCCGGGCCUCCAGCGACUUGACACCUACGAUGUGUUGAGCAAGCAAGUCAAGGAAACAGCUGCGUUAACAGUAAUGAAGAAAAUGAUGUACUACAACAUGCGUAUACGAACUGCCCAGAGGAACCUGGCAGAGAUGCGGCUCACUCUGAAAGAGAGGAAGAAAACUAUGUUACAGUUACCAGAAGAAUGCAUCAGAACACUCAAUCACGCCCUCAAGAGUCUUGAAGGUGAGCUCUCCAAGGUGCAAGCUAGUCUUAAGAAGCCUGCCUGCGCGUUGGAGGACAGUUCGACGCACCUGGGUGAAGGUUCAAUCGACAGAAGUGACUCAACCAAUGACACCGGUUGCGAUCCAGCCCUGGAGCACAAAAUACUCAGCAAGAUUGACGCACUGAGGGAGAGACUGGUGCUGUGGACGAGGAGGCUGGAUGAGGUUGAAGUCUGGUAUGAGCGGGGUUUGACACAAGCCACACGCAUGAUGGAAUAUACUGUCCAGUUUCUAUUGAUGGAGCUGGAAAGUGUUGGAAAUAUCCGUUUGGAAGAGGGCUGCUCCACAGACCCAUGGUUUACUUCCUGUUGCGACCUCCUGCAUUCCCGCUUCUCUCAUUCCGACUUUAAGGUUUACAACAUUGCUGGCAUUACGAUCAAUAGAGUAAUGCGCAUCCACAACAGUGCUUUAAGGCUUCGCUUUGAGGACAAAUUUCACACCCUGCUUGAGAGCAAAGAGUCUGAUAUUUCUUCACAUAAAAAUUACAGACGUCGGUUGGAGCACUUGUUCUACGUAGCUGACCCUGAAAAAAAUGACGAGAGGGAAGAAAUUUUGAGCAUUCUAGCAGAAGGCUUCAAUACAACUGAGCAAAAUAUGGCAUUGGAAAGAGAAGGUGCAAUACCUUUAUCCAACAGCCUGAGUUUGGCUGAACUGCCCAGAAUUGAACAUGCACUGCGCCAGGCCGGCCAAGAUGGUUCCAAGCCCUGUACGGACACAAUGCGCUUCAGGCACGGUCAGAUUAUUGUUUCAAAGGUUUUCGUGGGCCACAGCGUGCCUCUCCGAGAGGGCGACCAGCCGGACAGAAGCCUGUAUCCGAGAGCCUACUCUGUUUAUCGCAAUGUCGAGGCUAAGCAGAGAACUGCAAUAAGUGAAGAGGGACACAACUCAACCAAAACACAGACGGGUCCUGAGUGCAGUCCCAGACGAAGACAGUGGUUUGUGUUCGACCGUGAGCUCGUCCUGCCUGAGUACAUCAUAUAUUUUGAAUACAUCACCAGCGGGGAUCAAGAAAAACAAAAACACAACGGGGGCCUUGACGAUACUCCGUCCAACAACGACGUCCUUAACAUGGAACCUGCGCUGAAACCACAGCCCAGGUUGUUGAGCUUGGAUGACAAAAUUCUGCUUAAUAUGACCGGAGCCAAUGUCCUCAGUCAAAUCACUGUGCUGAACCUUCAUGGCAACAGUCUGAGUAAAAUGAAGGAGAUUUCCCGCCUCACGGCUCUGCGGCACCUUACCAUCAGCUUCAAUGACUUCACACACUUGAAUGACAUUUCUCACAUGCCCAACCUUGAGUUUUUGGACGCUAGCUACAAUCGCCUAGUGACCCUGGAAGGGCUGAGGAAGUUGGAACGGCUCAAACUGCUCGACCUGCGCUGGAACAAGCUGACCAAGGCCAGAGAGGAUACAGCUGUGCUGAGAAAACACACUCCUGCUCUGCUGAAGCUUGACACCCGACAUAACCCCUGGAUCAGGUCUGAAACAGUCCGAAUGACCAUACUCGGCCGUCUAACAUCCCUCACACACCUGGACGAUACGAUGGUAGCAGAGGAGGAGGCUUCCUACGCCGUUCUGAUGGCUGCUGGAUCCAAAAUUACCCAGGAAUCUCUGCUGGCUCACUCAAGUACCAACAGUGGUCGACCUCGCAGUCUCAGCCUGCUGCCAACAGCUCAGCUCCUAUGUCCUCUCAGUCCUCCCCCCACGAGCCUCAGCCGAGAGCUGCAGCCUGACUGGACCGAAAAGAUCACUGUCCUGAACCUUGACAGCCAGAGGAUUUCCAAACUGAUUAAUCUGAAUAAGCUGGUCAACCUCCGCUGGGCUUCCUUCAAUGAUAAUGACAUUACCAAAGUUGAGGGUUUGGACAGCUGUUUGAAGCUGGAGGAGCUUUCACUCAACAACAACAGCAUUAGCACACUCGAUGGACUAUCAAAACUGCAUUGUCUAAGUAAACUGAGUGUAGAUGGGAAUCAGCUGUCUAGUCUGGAGGCCUCGGUCUUGGACCGGCUGCCUAACCUGUCCUUUGUGUCCGUGGUGAACAACUGUAUCGGUAGCCUGCGUGGCAUCCACAGGGUUCGCUCCCUUCUUGAGCUCUACAUCGGCAACAACCGAAUCUCUACGUCCAGGGACAUCUACUAUCUGAAGGGAUUGACGAACCUCAUCAUCCUGGAUCUUUAUGGGAAUCCUUUAGCGGAGAAACUGGAAAACUAUCGGAUUUAUGUAGUCUUCCAUCUACCCUCCCUAAAAGCUCUGGAUGGCUUAGCAGUGGAGGUGACUGAGUGUGAAAGUGCAAAGGAUAUGUUUGGAGGAAGACUAACCCCUGACAUGAUAGCAGAGAAGCUGGGCCACUCAAAUUACACAGACAUCCCUAUCCUUACCCUGCAGUCCUGCUCUAUUAGGACAGUUGAUCUGUCUCCAGAGGACCUGUUCUGUGGCCUGCGAAGUGUCAACUUAGACCACAACAACCUCACCUCUUUUUCUGGCCUCAUUUACCUGCCCAACAUCAAAGCUCUGUGCCUGAACUACAAUCACAUUGAGUCCAUCUUGCCGAGACAGAAGACUCAGGCUUCGCUCACAAACAGACAGAUUCUUUACAGCAAAGUUCACUCCAGUGGUUACGGCCAACACAGCCUUUCCAAAGGCAAAGGGGAAACUGGGGCCACUGUCAGCCUGGAGCCACUGAUGGACAGCCUGGAGGUGCUGCAUUUGAGUCACAAUGGCAUCUCCAAUAUGGCCAAUCUGCAGCUCAGCAGGCUCACCAAUCUUAAAGCGCUCUUCCUUCAAGAUAAUGAGAUCAGCCAGGUGGAAGGAUUGGAGGGCCUUCACCAGCUGAGAGAGCUUGUGUUGGACAGGAAUCGGAUCAAAGUUCUGGCUGAUAACUCUUUCAUAGCCCAGAACGUCCUGCUUGAACUGCACCUAGCAGAUAACCGGAUCCGGGAGCUCAACCAUCUUGAACCUUUGACUGAGCUCCGCAAGCUCUUUCUUGGCAUGAACAAGUUGCAGGACAUCACAGAGCUUGACAAACUAGAAGUUCUUCCUUCGCUGACCGAGCUUUCUGUUGUUGGCAACUCCGUGGCCAAAAAUUCUCUCUACAGACCGGAGAUGGUACUUCGCUUGUCCCAGUUGCAAGUCCUGGACGGAGUGAUGGUCACCCUGGAGGAGAGGACCAGGGCCGAGCUGUUCAGUGCAGAUCCAGCAGCCUUCUCCAAAUGCCAUGGAUCUUCACUUCCUACCACUGAAAUAAACCUACCUGUGCUGCUACCCAUCAAGCCUCGAAACCCUCUAGGAGGAAUGAGUAUAAGUGGGGGUCUUCAGAAUUUUAUGCAUGGGGACGAUAACCUGCCAAGUAACGUGGACGAAGCCCAAUCUCAUUACACAUACCAGCACAAGAAGCACAAGCAUGGUAGUGCUGUUCGGAGCGGCCCAGCUGAUAUUACAUUUAGACACUUUCCAAGAACCACUUCCCUCUAUGAUGGGAGCAGAGGCAUCAUCACCUAUCCCAGCCAGGAGCAGGACAGCAGAUUUCCAAAUGGUGACAAACCUCCAACUAUGUAGUGUACUCUGGUGGAAGGUGAAACAAAGGGGAUACGUUGCCACAGCAAUGUGAUAUGGUCCUAUAUGAUAGUACUUUAGGGCAUCUUUUUCUGAGAUUGGUGUUUUUGUUAUUUUUCCUUCAUUUUUGUGAACAUCUCAAGAGCAUUUACAUUUUUGGGUUAAACAUGGUUGGGGUUAAAACAUGAGGUUUAUAUGUGGUUCAUCCCUUUCAAAUGCAUUCAUAAUGACCGUGACCUUGUUUUUUAUCCACAUAUGUGGAUCACUAACCAUGGUAAUCUGAGGAUGAGAGGUUUUGGUUUCAUUUUUACUGCCCCGAACAAGUGAAAAAACACCCACAGAUGUAAGGGCGUGUGACGCUGGCAUGCUGCUUCCGUGGGGUCAGAAGGACCCCCAGCAAGUGGAUAAUCCAGCUUUAGCACACCUCUCUGUGGACAAUAAUCUGCAGUCACUCAGAUAAAGAUGUAAUCUUGAAUGAGGUCCAAAUGGAUUUGAGAGAUUGUCAGUUUCAUCAUGUUAGCCUCUUUUCAAAAAGCCCUCCGCAGUUUGGACUAAUAGGCAAAUCUGUGUGUUGUAACUGGAAAUGAACCCACCCCAUUUGAUAUUGAUGUUAGUUCUACUGAACAUGAGAGUGUAAUCCUUCCUGUCUUCUCUGACAGUUUAGCCUAGAGUUCUGUAGUUAACAAAAACACCAGUCUGAGCCUUAAAUGAGGAUGCAGCCCAUAGUAUGUGGUGUAAAACAUUUGAAUUCUUAACUGAUCAUUGCAUGAUAAAAAAAAACAUGUGAAAUGAUUUAGAUGUUUCCAUCAAUAUACUUUCUUCUGCCUCACCAACUUCUUGUAGAGUUUAAUAAUUGUUUGUAUUUCAUCACAAUUCAUAUUCUACUACUUAACAAAAGACAAACAUAUUUUCCAAAGCUAUUUUAAACAGAAGCAGUUCAAGAACACCCUUUAUCACACAUCAAUUUAUCCCACAAGAAAUGUAUUUGUUUUGAAGAUUUAUUUUGUUCAACAUUAGAUUAUUCCAUUUAAAGUCCAUCCAACAUGUCAGAUGUAUAAAAAUGUAAAUUUGUGCGAGACAAAGAAUAAAACAAUGAUAUUUAACAAAUUAACCCCCCCCCCCCCCCCAAAAAAAGCUGAAAAAAGCAACAUCAAUUCAAUGCAUAUUAAUAUGCACAUACAGAGUGAACCCCUCCAUCUCUUUUGUAGGAGCAGAAAACACUUUCUGUCAUUUUUUUAACACCAACCUGAACUAUGUGGCAGUAAUAUGACCACUAGGUGUCCUUAGAGCUCCAUUUGCUCUCCUUGCACAACACCGAUAAUCAGUCCUCAAUGUAUUUGCCACCUUCCCCAUGGAUGGUAAUUUAUCAGUUGAGUGCGGUUAUGUGUGUAUACUUUAGUUUUGUGUUCCCUGUCUGUGUGGACUCCGGUGAACAUGCGAAUCAGCAGUGAAAGCUCUCCCCGAACCAGCUCCUCUAAUGCAUGUACUUAACUUCACUUAAUUUGUGUUAAUUCCCAGCAUUAAGCGGGGCUAAUGACUGUGCAAGUGAGUGCACUGUCAUUACCUUGCUCUGCCUGACAUCAAAUGGCAGCUGAUGGAGGCACAUAGAAAAAAAACCCUCUAAUGCACAGAUUUGGGAGCUCUGGGAAAGCUCUCAAAUGCAUUAGGUAUUGCAAAGGAUAAUUACACAUUUUAAAUUCAUGUAAAGUAUGUGCAGUAUAGAUACGUUAGAAAUUUCAAGGUUUUAAUACAAUUGUAUGUAUGUGUAGUGUAAGUUUAUGGCGAGCAUACCGCUUCAUACUGUAUGCUUCACUUUGCAUAUCUGUCAGUGUUCUUAACAUUAAAAUGACAUUAGCAUAAAGAUUGUGAAUAAUUCAUUAGUCCGGAGUGAAUUCAAAUGCACUGCCCUCUCUAUCUCUCUCUCUCCCUCACUUCGCUCCUCCAUGUGAGUAGACCACAUGGUUUGUAGCUGGUUUAAUGGGAUGGAAUGUGACAGGUUAUGUUUUCAUCUGCCUGAUAUGGAGCCCAGUUUGGGAGGGAGGGAACGAGGGGGAGAAAGAGGGAAAGAGAGAGGAUGGAGAGGGAAAAGUGAGUUGGUCUCCAAAGUUGUGGUGGGGAUUUAUAAUUAGACAUGUUUCGCUUCUUUUGAAUCAGUUAUAGAUGAUGCUCUCCCUUCCACACACACACACACACACACACACACACACACACACACACACAUGUGCACAUAGAAAGAGCACAUGCUCGGUAUGGGGCCAUUGCUUCUGGUCCACUAACUCCCUACAUUUGCUGUGUCUGUGCAUCCAGAGCACCAUUAGUCCAAGACUCUGUGAAUAAUUGCUGAAUGGACCGUGUUUUCACUGCUAUCUACUCAGGUUGCAGUGUUGGUUGAUGAUGUGGGUGAAGUGAAAGGGAUGAGGAUGUUGUUUGAUGUUUGAUGCUGGAGAUAAUGCCACAUCUUGUGCAAUGCUUAUCAAACCAUUAUGCAUGGUACAUGCAAUGGAUGGUGAAUCUCUCAAAACCUCCACAUGCAUUACACAUUUAUCAGCUUGUAUUAACCUAGCAGGGGUUACAAUUACAUCAACAUCAUUGCUUGACUAGGAAUUGCUGUUCAAAAAAUAAAAUAAAAUCUCUGCAUCUGGCUGCGAAUAGCAAACAAAUUCAGAUAAUGAAAAUAUAGAUUAUUUCCUUUUCAAAAGGUGCACAUUAUGUUGCAGAGUUCAUUUUUCAUCACCACAAAUACAUCCUCCAUUCAAAAACAAUCUUGGGAUAUUGCUUCUCUUGAAAUCUCUCAUUGAGUUAUUGUUGUUGCUUGUCAUUUUCCUGUAAUUUAUUUUCUGUUAGGCUGUCUGGAAUAAAGAGUGAAUAGUGAGAAUGCAGUGAGAUUGACAAUUAUUAUGAAAAGGAAAAUGCUCUUAUUUUGUGCAGAUAUUUACAAUGGCGGCAUUAAAUCUUAACUGGUUUUCAUUUCUAGACAUGCUGCAAUUUAUCACAUUAUAGAAGUUGUGUAUCACUUAUCACAUUGUUUAAAUCACACGGAGCGUGUCGCUUUGCUAAAAUGGCCCAAAUAAGUCAAUAACAACUCACAA